AAGGUUUGAAGUUCGAAAGCAGAGAAAUAAACAGUAACUGACCACUGUCAAUUUUUUGGAGGCAAUGAUUUAUAAUUCUUGCCUCCAGUUUCUUUUUAUCAACGACGUUCAUGGAAUAUUCACUGACUGGUCAAUUGCGUAACGUGUUGGGUAAAGCUUGUUUCAAACUAGCUGUGUGAACGUAUUAGAGGGAUGCAUGGUGCUGAUUUCACCGUAGCAGUUACCCAGAAAUUUCAGUAUCCUUUGAUUCUAUUGACUAUUCCAAGUCAGUGACUCAACAUAUUCCUUCACUCAGACUAAAAGCAACACAGCUUUUCCAACAAUACCAAAGGGAAAUAUAUGGCCAUAAUAUAUAUGAGCAUUGAUCAACCCACAAGGAAUUACUCUUGAAAUUCAAAACUGCCUGCUGGUGACAUUUGACCGCAAUGACAACACAUAGUUUCAAAAACAGCAAACAGGAAUUUAAUUUUGGACCAUGGAAACUAACUGCCAACAAAAGCCAUAUUAUGAAAUCAAAGGACAUUGAAAAGUUAGCUCAGGAAAUGAAGAUGCAUUCCCUUCCAGAGAUGUUAUUUGGUGAUAAUGUCUUAAAAGUGCAACAUGCUGGAGGAUUUGGAAUUUCAUUUAAUGCCACAGAUGCCUUAAGGACUGUGGACAAUGGGCACGGCACAGUGAAAGUGGCAUGUGCGGAGGCGUGGCAAGAAAGCAGGGCCGAAUCUGAACACUCUAAAGAAGUUGUUAAACCCUAUGAUUGGACUUUUACUACAGACUAUAAAGGAACAUUACUUGGUGAUGAGUUGAAGUUAAAGGUUACUCCUACAACUGAACGUAUUGAUUUGGAGAAGUUGAAAACCAGAGAGCAGAUCAUGUAUUUUGAAGAAGUUUUGUUGUUUGAAGAUGAACUUCAUGAUCAUGGUGUCUCCAUGCUUAGUGUGAAAGUGAGAGUGAUGCCAUCUAGUUUCUUUGUGCUACUGCGAUUUUUCUUGAGAGUUGAUGGAGUACUCAUACGAACAAAUGAUACAAGAGUUUAUCAUGAGGCUGACAAAAACUACCUUCUCUCUGAAUACAGUUCCCGGGAAAGUAAUAUAUCUGCUCUUCAGAAUGUUCCACAGUAUCUUUUUACUGAUCCGAAUGAGAUCUCAAAGUAUUUGCCGCUGAAAAAGCUAAUCUGUGAGAAGUUGGAAUUCCCAGAAGGCGUGGAUAACAACACUACAUUUGAAAAUAUGCAAAUUGGCAUUACAGGCAGAGAAUCAAGACAGACGUGACAUUUUGCCACAAAGAGAAGAGUUGUAUGUUCUUUAUAAGUGAUAGACUAGUAUAAUUCUAUUUGAUUUACUUUAGUCGCUGCCAGUAUACUACUUAAGAACUACUGCAGUGAAUUUUGUGUUGUAAAAGCUGCAGCUAACAUUCUGAAACCUGUACUGGACUAUUUAUCAAAAACAACAUUUAUUUUUUGGCUUGAUUUAAGAAUUCAGGCUUAGUCGAUACAGUAGAAGCCAAAAUAUUGUGAACACUGCAGCUUUCAGUAUGAUUUUUAUGUGCAAGUUAUUAAUGUUUCUAUUUUUUUUUGCUAAUGAAAUCUUGAAUCUAUUCAAGUUCUUUAAAGACAGAUGAAAUUUUUAACUGGUUAUUUGUAAUUAAGGUGAAAAUUAGUCGAUUUACAAAAGGUUGAUUGAAACAGCACGUUCAUAAUGUGCUGGUAGUACUGGUAUAUGCUUGGAACUGUACCACAGCAUUUGUGCUUGUUUGUCACUAACACAACCCCCUCGCAUAUGAGUAAAAUUCAACAUUUGUCACAUAGCCAAUAUCACAGGCAACCAUUUACUGCAAGUUACCAUUGUGCAGUUUUGUAUUACUGAUCAGUCAAUGUAAGCCAAUAAUGGAUAUCAUUAAAGCAGUGGAACUGUGUAAACCGUAAAAUCUAAAUAAAGAUUGA